GGCAAAGGUGAUAUCUGUGUGUCUAAAGCAACUGCAUGUCGUCUUUGCGCAGCCAUAAUAACCUCGCCACUUACCUAUUGCGGGAGUUUUGCACCCCAUAGUCGCCUCCUCGUGUUUUGGAGCAACAGAUUAAGAGUGAUUGGGCUGCAAGAUGCACCUUUCUACCCUAUCCUGCUUCGUCGCCGCUGUCACCACCACGGCUGGUGUUCAAUUCGGCGACGCAAAGGACCCUAUCAACAUCGUAGGCGUCGGACGCAACGAUAUCGAAAUCUUCUUGGGUAUUCCAUAUGCUCAAGACACCAGCGGCGAAAACAGGUUCAAACCUCCGAUUCCCUAUGAGUAUACUCCAGGCACUACUAUCGAUGCGACUAAACCCGGGCCUGCUUGCCCUCAACCACUGGGCGUACUCUACCCACCCCUCGGACUGGGCAACAUCACCGAGACUUCUGAAGACUGUCUGAACCUGAAUGUCGCAAGGCCCAAGGCGGAGGACAGGCAAGGAAAGGGGCCGCUACCAGUGCUGGUAUGGAUUCAUGGAGGAUCUUUCUGGUGGGCCAGUAAUACCGAGCCGACGACCGCGCCUGACGGGAUGAUUAAGCAAUCUGUGGAGAACGGCGACCCGAUCAUACAUGUGGCCAUGAACUAUCGUCUUGGAUUCUUUGGGUUUGCCAACUCCGACUCGCUGAAAGAGGAAGGAAGCAUGAAUGCUGGUCUGCGUGAUCAGCGCGCUGCUAUCGAGUGGGUCCGCACAAACAUCGCUGCUUUUGGUGGGGAUCCGGAGAGGAUUACAAUUGCCGGUCAGUCUUCCGGCGGCCUCGCAAUCGGAAUGCAGAUCAUGGCUUACGGUGGGGAGAAGCCACUCCCGUUCCAGCGGGGUAUCGCCCAGUCUCAGUCCCUCGAGCCUGGUAUCACCGGUACUUUUGCCAAGGAUGCUAUGAUUGCAUUGGUCGACUACGUGGGAUGCAACACUACCGAUGUGGAUGCUCCUGAGACGAUCGAGUGUCUACGAGCGUUAGACACUGACACGCUGUUUGAGGCCUCGAAUGCGACAUACCAGAGUGAUAUCGCCCACAAUAUUGGUGAUAUCUGGUUGCCACAAGUGGACGAUGAUUUCCUUCCUGCACCACCAAGCCAGCUUAUCGCAGAAGGACGCUUCGGUAAUGCUACCUUCAUGUCUGGAUGGAUGCAAGGUGACCUGAACGUCUACACCAACACUUCCAUUGCGACCGCGCAAGAUACAUACGAUUUUGUUCGCGGGUACCUCCCAGCCUUCUCGGAGGAUUCCUUGACCAAGCUACUGGACAUGUACCCUGUAGAGGAAUUCGGAACCACCGUAAAUCUGACGGCGGAGUUCUACCGCUCAGCGCGAAUCUUCCGUGACAUCCUCAUGGUGUGCCCAUCGCUACAUCUCGGUGCUGCGAUCGACGAAAAGUACGAAGCGCCAGUCUACUUUUACAAUUUCAACCAGACCAUUCUAGAUCCCAUUCUCGAGUACGUUGACGAUAUUGUUGGGUUUGGAGUUGUCCACACAUCGGAGUUUGCGUACAUUUUCGACAGCAUGCAGGUGUAUAACAGGUCAGGCUACCCCUUUGAUCCAACAGAAUAUGAUUACGAGCUUGCUAUGCGAGCAAGUCGAUCGUGGAGCACAUUUGUCAGCCAUGGAGUCCCGGCGGAGAGUGGGCCUCAAUCAACUACGCUGCUGAAUUGGGACGAGGCAUAUAGUCGGCCAGGUGGUCCGUAUGUCAGGACGAUCGGUGGAACCCAUCCGAGUAACAGCGCGCUGGGCAUAGCGAAUGCGACCCAGGAGAUGGCAGAGCAAAAGCUGCAGGAGCGAUGUGCUUUCUUCAACAGCCCAAAGAUCAUCCAGGCACUUCAGUAUUGAGAGUGGUUUGGUCCGGCUAGAUGGAAUGUAGAUGUCUUUGGCCAAUGCAGAGUAUAUGAUCCAGAGAGAAAUAAAUAGGCCAAAUAGCGUUUAGGAGUAACGGCACAAGGGGUAUCUUGAAUCCAACCUCAGAGUAAUCACACUUCCUCAACCGCUAUCUUCCUACUCGGUCUUAUCGUUCUUGUUCGCCCCAUCAACCAACUCCAUUAUAAACUCCCACU